AUGGCUACGGAUUAUUUAAUUUGUUUAUUUCUUUUUAACAAUUUUCUCUUUCAAUUAUCAUUCUUUAUUUCUUUAUUUCCUUCUUUCUUUAGUUCUUUUUUGUAUCAUAUUUAUUCUAUUAUCAUUAUUCAUUUUAUAUUUUUCGUUUUCUCAUUAUGUUGGCUUUAUUUUUUGUUCAUUCUUUCUACGGUCCUAUGGAGUCACUUUCUUUCUUUCUGUCUUUUUAUCUUUCUUUUUUUUUUUUCGCUUUUUCUUCCUUUCUUUCUUUCUUUCUUUCUUUCUUUUUUUUUUUCUUUCUUUCUUUCUUUCUUUGCCCUUUUUCUUUCUUUCUUUCUUUCUUUCUUUCUUUCUUUCUUUCUUUCUUUUUGGAUGAUUCUUCAAUACUUUAUAAUUUUUCCUCAAUUUAAUUCUUACAGAUUUUUACGUACUUCACUUUUAGUUUUUCUUUCUUUCUUUCUUUCUUUCUUUCUUUCUUUCUUUCUUUCUUUCUUUCUUUCUAUUUCCGAUUUUUGGAUGAUUCUUCAAUUCUUUACAAUUUUUCCUCAAUUUAAUCCUUACAAAUUUUUACGUAAUUCAUUUUUAUUUUUUUUCUUUUCUUUCUUUCUUUCUUUCUUUCUUUCUUUUCCCAUUUUCUUUCUUUCUUUCUUUCUUUCUUUCUUUCUUUCUUUCUUUCUUUCUUUCUUUCUUUUCCUGUCUUUUUGGAUGAUUCUUCUAUUCUUUUCAAUUUUUCCUCAAUUUAAUUCCUACAGAUUUUUACGUACUUCACUUUUCGUUUUCCUUUCUUUCUUUCUUUCUUUCUUUCUUUCUUUCUUUCUUUCUUUCUUUUUUUUCGCGUCUUUUUCGAUGAUUCUUCAAUUCUUUACAAUUUUUCCUCAAUUUAAUUCUUACAGAUUUUUACGUACUUCACUUUUAGUUUUCCUUCCUUUCUUUUUCUUUCUUUCUUUCCUUCUUUCUUUCUUUCAUUCUUUUUUUUCCCUUUUUCUUCCUUUCUUUUUCUUUCUUUCUUUCUUUCUUUCUUUCUUUUCCCAGAUCCGUUCGUUCUCUCUUUCUUUCUUUCUUUCUUUCUUUCUUUUUGCUGUUUUUGUAUCGUUCUUAUUUUCUUUUCUCUUCAUCUUUGUUUUACUUUUUAUUCACUCUUUCGACGGUUCUAUGGCGAGCCGUUCAUUUUUUCUUUCUUUCUUUGUUUUUAUUUUUAUUUUUUCUUUCUUUCUCUGUUCUUGCUGUUUUUGUAUUGUUCUUGAAAAUUUUUUCAUCUUUGUUUUAAUUUUUAUUCACCCUUUCAACGGUUCUAUGGACAUCCGUUCAUUCAUUCUUUCUUCCUUUUUUCUUCUUUUUUCUUUCUUCCUGUCUUUUUCCUUCUCUGUUUUAGCGGUUUCUUGUAUUGUCUUACCAUUUUCUUCUCUCUUCAUCUUUGUUUCAGGUUUUAUUCACCCCUUCGACGCUUCUAUGGAGAUCCGUUCUUUCUUUCUUUCUUUCUUUCUUUCUUUCUUUCUUUCUUUCUUUUGA